CGCCGGGCUGGAGACACUUGGACAGUCAGCAGAAGGAGGGAAGGCUGACGUCAGCAAAAGGAGCCCAGAGAGAGAGAGAGAGGAAAGAAAGGCGAGCGGUGUGACAAAGCAAACACAAGACUGCUAUAAGGAUGGUGCGAAUUUUGGCUAAUGGAGAUAUUGUGCAAGAUGAUGACCCCCGAGUGCGACAGUCCACUCAGGUGAGGGAGAACUCAUCUCGACUCGGCUUUUUCAACGCAGCCUCAAACGCUGGUCCUAACCCACCACAGCAGCAGCAGCAGCAGCAGCAGCGCCAGAAUGCGAGGCCCGGGGAGCGUUCGCCAUUUUCAGACAUCAACCAGCAGCUGGUGAACAUGGGUUUCCCCACUUGGCACCUUGGCAACCAGGUGGUGGAGCCCGUGAUGUCCAUUUUGCUGCUCUUCCUGCUCAUGAUGGUGGGCGUGCGUGGCUUACUCUUGGUGGGCCUCAUUUAUGUCAUCUCCCACCUAAGCCAGCGAUGACACGAACUCCUGCACAGACUACCAGUUGCCUGAGGGACUCGGAGCCAAAAUAUUUUUGCCCAGCGUACGGCCGUGGGUUAGAGAAGAGAGUAUGUAUGUCCACGUAUGUGCGUGUUUGAAACAAAUUCUCCUUGCUCGAGAACUUUUGUAAACAGUUGUUUCCAAGAGACAGAAUGAAGCAACUUUUGGAGUAUACGAGCUAAGGAAGAUAAUAUAGCCUCUUCUUUUCUUUCUCUAGCUUGAAAUGAGCCAUUUUUUCAUUCGGGGCCCAUGAUAUUCCGGUAGGAAUGAUAGCUUUUGUUUUUGCUGAGGGUACCAUCUCACGGUUAUCAAGGGAACUUUAUUUAGGAUUUUCUGACAGUGAAAGCUCAACCUCUGAUAGAGAAACAUUUAAAAGGCAGGUUUAAAAAAAAACAAAAAAAAACCAGGUGGGAAAUCAUGCCUUCCAUAUAGGUGGGAGAACAGAGCAGUUGCAUCGAGAUCACUGCAUUUUUAUAAACCGAGCCUCUUGGUGUGGAAUAUUCAAAGGUGACUCCUCAAGUGUUUAUCUGGAGGCUGCCUGAUGCCUCAGUCAGGCCAUCAUGCUUUUGUAAUAUUAAAUAAAGAAUGCAAAUGCAGUGUUUCUAUGUGUUGGGGUGGGGGUUGUUACCAAAUGAGACUGCAAUUUAUGUAUGUAAAACGAUACAUUGCUUCAAAUAAGCAGAAUUAGUGGGACAGAGCAAACAUCCAUGUGUAGCUUGAUGAAACAGUGCCCCCAAAUGCUUUUUCUGCUAGUAUUGGCUGCUUCCUAAAAUAGUGCAGAGGAACUGAGUCGAAGCAAAGAAAAUGCUUUGCUUUAUGUUCCAUAAAGUUAUUUGUAAAACCACCAUCAAGAAUCUUGAUUCUAAUUACUGGUAUAUACUAUUUUUUCCUCUCUUUAUAUUUCCCUUCUUAGCAGAGUAUAGUUGCAUUUCUUUCUUUUCUUUUUUUCAUUUUGGCCUAUUCGCACGAAAAAGAAAUAAAAAAAUAUCUACCUGCUUCAGCUCAAUUUUUUAUUUUGAAAAUUUAGGGUGACUUGCAAUAUAUUUAAAGAUAACAAUUAAAAAUUAAUCUAUAGCUCUUAAUUUAGUUAAUAAAACAUCAUAUAGGACAGCAAAAAUCUAUUUCCGUUUGAAAAAAAUUCUAGUUUUAAAAAUGAGGGAAAUUGUUGAAAUAAUAAAUAUUUGAGGAGCUGCAAGAGAAAAACAAGGUGUGUGUGUGUGUGUGUGUGGUUUUUUUUGGGGAAAAAUCAAGCUGUAACUUAACAUAGUGAAUUUCAGUUCCAUAAAGCCUUUUUCCUAAUUUCCACUAAUUAAAAUGUAAGAGUGAAA